AUGAGCAAACGACCUAAAUCGUGUGAGUCGAAGAAGCAACAUUCAAAAUUGACUAAAAAAAUCACCAAAGAACAACAAGAAACCAAUGAGAAAGGGUUACAAGAAUUCAGCAAAACAAGUAUUCCAAGUGGCAUAAUAGAUUUUAUCAAAUUGUAUACACAGAACUAUGGAGACGUUCAAUUAGUAUUGAAACAUAAUCGUUUCUUUGUUCAAAGUUCUUUUCAUGAAGUUCUCAGAAUUCUUCUUCAAGAUUCUCAAAUUCAACAAUGUCGACUAAUCUCUACAGACAAAAAUAUUAACACAACUUUCAUGCAAAAAUCAUCUUUCAUCAUUCAAAGUACAGCGAAUAGUUCAAUAGAGCCUCAAACUGUUGUUAAUGCUUCGUCAACAACCAAUCAAGAUGUUGAUGAAGAUCUGAAAGUUUCGAUAUGUGAUUCAUUUGAAGUCAUUCCAGACAAAAUUGAAUUGUUAAGAAGACGAUGUCAAGAGUUGAACUAUCCACUACUUGAAGAAUAUGACUUUCGUCAUGAUACAGAUUUGAAAAAUCUCAAUAUUAAACUUCUUCCGAAUACCAUUUUGAGACCUUAUCAAGAAGAAAGUUUACAAAAAAUGUUUGACGAAGAACGAGCUCGAUCUGGUGUCAUUGUACUUCCUUGUGGUGCUGGCAAAUCAUUAGUUGGCGUUGCAGCUGCAUGUAAAAUUAAUAAGAGUUGUCUCGUAGUGUGUAAUUCGAAUGUUUCUGUACAACAAUGGAAAGAACAGUUCGAGAAAUGGUCGACUGCAGAUAAUUCUACAAUAAGAUUGUUCACAGCAGAGAACAAGAACAAACCAACUCAUACCUGCAUCUACAUCAGUACAUAUCAAAUGAUUGCACCCACCGAUGGACGUAGUGUUGAAACGAGUGAGAUCAUGAAACUACUCGCAAGUCAUGAGUGGGGUUUGAUGUUGCUCGAUGAAGUACACACAGCUCCGGCUACAAGCUUUCGAAAAAUAUUGAACUUCAUUCAUGCUCAUGUCAAGUUAGGUCUUACGGCGACGCUCGUUCGUGAAGAUGAUAAAAUUACAGAUCUUAAUUUUUUAAUUGGACCUAAAUUGUACGAAGCCAAUUGGAUCGAAUUACAAAAUUUAGGAUUCAUUGCUAAAGUUCAUUGUGGCGAAAUUCAAUGUUCAAUGACACCUGAAUUUUUGCUCGCAUAUAAUAAUGCUGCAAAUGAUGUGAUCAAACGAAGACUCAGUGCUAUAAAUCCAAAUAAGUUUCGAAUUUGUCAAUAUUUAAUUGAAUAUCAUGAACAACGAAAUGAUAAGAUUAUUGUUUUUUGUGAUGAUCUAUUUGCAUUGCAAAUCUAUGCACAAAAACUUGUUAAAGCAAUUAUUUAUGGAGAAGUAUCACAAAGUGAACGUAUUUUAAUUUUGCAAAAUUUUCAACGUAAUCCACGAAUCAAUACUAUUUUUAUUUCUCGAGUGGGAGAUACAUCGUUUGAUUUGCCUGAAGCAAAUGUGAUCAUUCAAAUAUCAAGUCAUGGUCGUUCACGACGUCAAGAAGCACAACGACUCGGUCGUAUUUUACGAGCAAAAAAUACUUCCACUGACGAGAACAAUGCUUUUUUUUACUCACUCGUGUCACAAGAUACAGUUGAAAUGCGCAAUCAACUUAAACGAAAAAGUUUUCUUAUCGAUCAAGGUUAUUCAUAUAAAAUCAUUUCAGAGAUAGUAAUCAAUGAAAAUCAAUUCCAUUUCUCAACAAAAGAUGAACAAGAGCAACUAUUGAAAAUAGCUCUCGCAGGACCCAAUCAAGAUGAAGAUAAGAAAAUAAAAAAGACAUCGACUACAACAGCAAGCUCUCGUUCGAAACAACCUAUUCAUCCUCUUUUCCGAAAAUAUCGAAGAUAA